AUGUCGUCGCUCUGGAACGCUCUCACAGGAGGCGGCAAGCCUUCGCACCCCCAGCAGCAGCAGCAGCAGCAGCAGCAGCAGCAACAGCCACUCUCGACAACAUCGACCUCGCCAUCGUCGUUCAGCAACUUUGACCCUUCCCAAGGCCAAGGCGUCGAAUCCUUCCUCCAGAGCUCCUCCUUUGCCGACCCUUCACAACUACACCCCCUCGCGGGGCUCAACAAGGACACGCUCGAGUACCUCACGCUCGAGGACUCGGUCCUCUCGGACCUCCCCGGCGGCCAGUCCGUCCUGCCGUCCCGCGGCUUCACCGACGACCUCUGCUACGGCACGGGCAUCACAUACCUCACGGCGCUGUCGAUAGGAGGCGCCUGGGGCCUGCAGGAGGGCCUGCGGAGGUCGGCCAACCAGCCGCCGAAGCUGCGGCUCAACUCGGUGCUGAACGCGGUGACGAGGCGGGGCCCGUUCCUCGGCAACUCGGCCGGCGUCGUCGCCAUCGUGUACAACUGCAUCAACUCGCUCAUCGGAAGCCUGCGUGGCCGACACGACGCGGCCAACAGCGUGCUCGCCGGCGGGCUCAGCGGCAUGGUGUUCAAGAGCACCAAGGGCGUGCGGCCGAUGAUGAUCUCGGGCGCCAUCGUCAGCUGCGUGGCUGGCGUCUGGGCGAUUGCUCGACGGUCCUUCUUCCCCGUGCCCGAACCCGCAGCUCCGUUGGAACAGCUCUAG